AGGAGGAGGAGGAGCCAAGAUGGCGUCUCCAGACAUGAUGCUGCUACUGUUUUGUUUAUCAUCAUUUCCUCUGCAAAUUAUCUGCGCCACACUGCUGUAUGAGCCUUGUUACAAACCCAUCAGGGACCACAGGCCGGACUUUGUCAGGACACAGGCCCGGCCGCGGGAGUAUGUGAAGGUGUCGGACCUUCCUCCGUCGUGGGACUGGAGGAACAUCGAUGGGAAGAAUUAUGUGAGCGUGACGAGGAACCAACACAUCCCCCAGUACUGUGGCUCCUGCUGGGCAAUGGGAGCCACCAGUGCACUAGCUGAUCGUAUCAACAUCAAGCGCGGAGGAGUGUGGCCGUCGGCGUACCUGUCCGUCCAGAACGUGAUAGACUGCGGGAAGGCGGGCUCUUGUUACGGAGGAGAUCACCUGAGAGUCUACGCUUACGCACACGAGAAAGGCAUUCCUGAUGAAACCUGCAACAACUACCAAGCCAAGAACCAAAAGUGCGAGCUGUUCAACCAGUGUGGCACGUGCUCCUUCUUUCAAUCCUGCGCCGUUGUGAAGAACUACACCGUCUGGAAAGUGGGAGACUACGGAGAAGUUUCUGGAAGAGACCAGAUAAAAGCUGAGAUUUUCACCAACGGUCCCAUCAGCUGUGCCCUGAUGGCGACUGGCGGCCUGGAGCAAUACUCCGGAGGGAUUUUCUCCGAGUUUCACCCUCUUUCUCUGCCAAAUCACAUCGUGUCCGUGGCCGGAUGGGGCGUGGACGCAGACGGGGUGGAGUACUGGAUCGUCAGGAACUCCUGGGGAGAGUUCUGGGGAGAACACGGUUGGGCCAGAUUAGUCACCAGUGCUUACAAAGGAGGAAAAGGCAACUUCUUUAACCUGGGUGUUGAGAAAAACUGUGCGUUUGGAGAUCCUAUUGUAACAUAGAAGCAUGAUUAAACUGAUGGACUCAAA